AUGAUGUCCUCAUCUCCGCCGCCUAAUAGCCAGACGCCUUUCAAGGACCAGAACGUUGUGAUCUCCUCGUCUCCGAUGUUGACGGAGACGCUUUCGUUGCAUGCUGUGAACGAGUAUGGGCUGCUUCAUCGGCCCGAAGAGUUGAUCGUCGACCAUGAGCACGAUCACGACCACGAGUCCAGUCAAAACGGGUCUAACGGGUCUAUCAACGGAGUCGCGUCGUACGAGAUGCUGGAUUUUGUUCCGUUGUCCAGCCAGGAGGACCCGUCGCUGCAAUACCCAGCCUAUUUGCAUCCAAUGACCGAGUCGUAUUCCAGCUCCACCAUUUCGAGCUUCAACACCGACCAGCCCAUUCCGUCCAGCGCCAGCACCGGCUCCUUGACAAACGUCCACCGGACGCCUAUGCGGCCCACUUCGACCAUCACUCCAAUCAAACGGUCCAACUCGCUCAUCACUCCCCGGCGGCCGUCCAACGUGGCCAAAGCCUCGGCCGUGGACAAGUCGCCAGGAACAGGCAAUCCGUUCUACACGCCUCCUGCGUUCUUGUCUCCUAAGAUCACCAAACACCGUAAACAGCGGUCCAUCACGGCCUCUGUCUCGUUGUCGCAUCUGGACACCGAUCUACAGCUGCAAAUCCAGAACAGCCACCAGGGUUCGCCCUUGCACACCCCGCUGCGCACUCCGGGCAACCUGGGCGACGAGGAGGAGGAAGACGGCGAGACCGAGGAUGCUGGAUCGCAGUCGUACUUCAUUUCUCCCUCGGUUUUGAUGAAAAAGAAGUUUGGCGGAAAACUGUCCGAAUUGCAGACCUUGAGACACGAACCCGGCCACGACCACUCGUCCUUGACCCACAUGGACCCUCUCACUGCUGCCAACGACUUCAUCAACCCGGACUUUCUGCAAAAAGUCGAGGAUAUUCCACUGCUGAUCGAUGCAGAUAACGUGGAGUCGUUGGACCAGCAAAAACUCAUGCAUCCGCCGCUCGUGAGAGCCUCGACACAGCCGCCAGUGCACCCAAAGCCGGGGAGACUAACGCGGUCGAGAUCCAGCAUGAACUUGAGCGAGAUUGCCACGUACAAAGAGGCCAAAACUGCGGCUUUGCGGUCGGCCAACUCGUUUAUGGACGAUCUGAACUACUCCAUCUCGGAGGUUCCCGAAUCGGCGCCAGCCACUCACUACAACUACGAGCUGCCGUUCGAGACACAGCCUGCGGGCCGCACCUCGCGGUUCCAAUAUUUAACUCCUCCCAACUCGUCCUCGUCGUCAACGCCAGGAGUCAACUCGUUGCUGGCCAAAGACAAGCAGAAACCGCCGUCCGCUGCUAGCACAGCGGGCCUGAAAGAGCCCGAGCAUCUCGACCGUCCGCUCCAGUCGUCGCGGUCCAAGUCGCGGUCCAAGAACUCCGACCAGGACAAGAAGAAGACGCACGAGUGUCCUCUGUGCCACUCCAGAUUCCAAAGACCCGAGCACGUCAAGCGUCACAUGCGCUCGCACUCGUCCGAGAAGCCUUUUGCCUGUCCCGAGGAAAAAUGCAACAAACGGUUCAAUAGAAACGACAACCUUAAACAGCAUCUACGCAAGAUUCACCAUCUGGCCGUUUAA